UACAAAUGACCCGGAACCACCAUGGCAGCAUCAGUCUGCCAGCAGGCAAGUGACUCCCAGCAUGGUAGCUAUCAACCCCCGACUCCCGGCAGACCCUGGCGUGUCCAGGCCGCGAUUCGGUACUAGCGGGCAUAGGACCCGUCGGUCGCGGACUUAAGGGGAAGUGCGUACCUCAGCCGUUAGGUUCUGCGGGAUAGUGCCGUUGCCGCAAACCUGCCGAUGAGCAUAAACUAUAAAAUGGCCCCCCGCCGCACCACGGUCGCCACCCCACUAGGGCCUAGCACUAUGAUGUUGAUGACAGACACUUGGACCCGAUUGCUACCCUUUGGGUACCUCCGCGAGAAGGUGUUCCGCAGACGGGACUCCCGCAAGGGCCACCGUCCCUCCCCCACCCGUGCCAGCACCACGCCCCACGGCUUUGGCCACUGCUCCACCGCCAAAGUCCUGGACGAGUUCUUUCAUCCUGGCGAAGAAGAGUCUCCCGCCACCACUAGAGCUAAAACCCGUCUCAGGAGGUCUGCCACCGUUCCCCUCCGCAAGCAAAGCGUGGUCACCUCCAGCCACGCUCUCACUGGCCAGACCAGCUACUCACCACCAGAGUCUCCAACAAUAACGCCACUGGCGUGCCCCAUGCUAUCGCCGCUGUACUCGUCGGGCGGCUUUCUCAGUCCCGGGAUUACCCACCAGGACCCAUGCAUGCUAUCCAGCGACAUCACCAUCGACCUUUCGCUCCGUCCAAUCAACACGAACCAGCUGUCGGCGUACUCGACGUGGGAAUUUGCUCUGGACAGCAACAAGAAGGUACGAUUUCUGUAAAUAGGCAGCUUACGACUUAUGACUAUGACUUUACUACGACAAAACCUACUUCAAGACUCUGGAAGUAAGGACUACUGGCUGUAGACCCUGGCAUGCCGUCACGUGCGGUGGUGAUAAUCCUGGCAGCGCGAUUUGUCAGCCGGCGACUUGGUUGAAUCACGCGAUUAUGCACGUGAUGUGAUUCCACAUGACCUCCCACCAUGUGAUCUCCCAUCACGCGACAGUGUCUGCACGACAUUCCCCCUACGCGCUCCGCCACAAA